UAUAAGGACACCCUUAGAAAUGUGGGGAGAAAGAGAGAGAAGGAAAGAAAAUAAAGAAAGAAAGAAAGAGAAAUGAGCAUGGUUGUCAUCAUUUCUCUUCAAACUUCUUUCUUGAAAGCCUUAGGAUCGAAGGCAGAGAUGUUAAUCAUAUCAUAGGGGAAGUAUAUAUAAUCAUCUUCCUGUAAUUACAAAGAGAGCAAUAGCUAGCAGCCUAGCACACACAUAGGAAGAGAGAGAGAGAGAGGUUUUCUUAUAUUGUAUAUUGAAUCUUAUUUUUGAGAAGCUGGAAAAAAAAGAAAAAAGAAAAUAAGGAACAGAAAAUAAAUAAUUCAAGUCAGAAAGAGGGCAUGGAGAUGGGUUACUCAUGCUGUCUUUCUUUCUUUUCAAGGUUACUUUAUAAGAAGGAAACUUGAAAGAGUAAAGAGCAAAACUAAGAAAAGUGGCUAGCUACCCAAAAGCAACAAGGUAUGUGUGUGUCACCUGAACUACUGUUUAUUUGAAUAGAGCGUGAGGGAGAUUCCUGGAUCAAGUUAUGGCUAGAUAGUUGUUAAAAUUUUAGUUACUCAUCUUGGGAUUUUCAAGCCCCUUUAAAAAAUCUUGUCAUUAUGGAGUCUGCUAAUCUCCAUCACCAGCAUCAUCAGCUUCAAGGCCAGCUUGUUGGGUCUUCUUCUUUAACUGCCCCGUCUGGAGAUGGAGCUGGAAGCCCUCAUGCUUGGACCCAAAACAUUACUUUGAGUAGUGGUAACUUCAAUCCUAACUGUAAUGGUGUAUCCUUAAAUCCAAGGCAGAAAAAUGAAUUUUUAAUCCCUCCUCUCAACAGUUCCAUGAUCCAGGAUUUGGGCUUCCCUUGGAAUAGUAAUGCAGGGUGCUUCACCAACCAGUCUGCUCAUGACCUACAGCUUGUAAAAAUCAAACAAGAAUUGUCAGAAUCUUUCCCCAAAUUUACAGAGAUGCUAAACAAUCCAUCGACUGUUGAAGAUUCCCAUCUAUCUUCCACAAGCUACAUUAAAGAUGAGGAAAAAGAUAUGACUGAUCUAAGCGAGAAGCUCUUGCUCAAGACCAUUUCUUCUGGUUUUCCGAUCAAUGGGCAUCAGUUUUCGCCUGCACAAAUUUACUCUACCGCUCAUGACUGUUCUAACCUUGGAAAUUCCAUACCCAGAAGAGGGAACUUUAGCCAGAUAUAUCCGAGUAUAAACAUUUCAAACUUGAACCGAUCAACACCAUCGAUCUCAGGCUCCUUUGACAUGAACUUGCAGGCCUUGGAUCUCUUAAAUUCUACAAGAUUUAGUAGGAGUUUUGGUGAGCCUUCUCAUGAUAAUCUUGGCAUAUAUAAAGACAGCAUUUCUUACGGUCCUGAUCGUAUGCAAAUGCCAUCAUGUAGCCCUAGUAAAGCAUCUUCCUUCACUACCAACAAAAUAUCGGAGGCAAAGAGGCCCAGCAACAGCUUGAUGGAGCCAAAGGCAACACAAGCUGUAACCAAGAAAUCGCGAUUGGAGUCACGCGCUUCCUGCCCUCCCUUUAAGGUUAGGAAAGAGAAAUUAGGAGAUAGAAUUGCAGCUUUGCAGCAGCUGGUUGCACCCUUUGGCAAGACAGACACAGCAUCCGUUCUAAUGGAGGCUAUUGGAUAUAUAAAAUUCCUUCAAAACCAGGUCGAGACAUUAAGCGUACCUUAUAUGAAGUCAUCUCGGAACAAGACCAGCACCAGAACUACGCAAGCAUUUCAGGGUUUAACAAUGGAGGAAGGAUACCCUGAUGAGCCAAGGAAAGAUUUAAGAAGCCGAGGGCUGUGUCUGGUGCCAUUAUCUUGCAUGUCUUACGUAACCGGCGAUGGUGGAGGAGAAGGAGGAGGAGGCAUCUGGCCACCGCCUAAUUUUGGCGGAGGAACAUAGGACUGUAUUUUAAGCAAACACAUUUAACUGUUGGGCAAACAAGAUUAAUUAGUAAGUUCCUGCUUGUUUAAGCUCAUGUUGAUUAGGAAUUUAAGGUUAAGUAAUCUAGUUUGUUUUAAUGGAGCAAGUUUGGUCAUCCUGUAAAAUGCAGGAUAGACCAAAUUUGAUCCAUUAACAAUUCAGAUAACAUUCAUAUGUAAUUUAAUUAAGGAACCCUUUCACACUUUUUGUAAGCUAA